AUGUGGCAACAGGGCAUGCGACUCGAUGAGCGGUAUGUGCCAUACUUGCAGAUGGCGGGGUUAUACCAUCUAGCGAGGCUAAACGAUAGAUGGUUUCGAAUAGAUGAGCCCCUUGUCAGUGCCUUCGUGGAGCGGUGGCGUCCUGAGACGCACACUUUCCAUAUGCCCUUCGGAGAAUGCAUGAUCACGCUUCAGGACGUGGCGUACCAGUUUGGGUUGGCAGUGGAUGGGCGUUAUUCCGGCAACCGCAUUCACAUCAGAUGGCUUCCCUACGUAGCUAGUCUUGAGGAGAUGGGUUCCUACAGUUGGGGGUCUGUAGCAUUGGCAUGGUUGUACUGGUGCAUGUGCCGAGUGGCGAACCGACAUGUGGUGAAGUGGUCAGGUUACAACCCUUCCGUUAGCGAGAAGGGUCCUAGAGUGCAGAUGUGGAGACUCUCCCCCGAGGUACUGCAGGUUGUGCAUCUGGAGGCGUUGGAGCCUCGACACACGGCUCUGUCGCGAUCUGUGACGUCACUGAUAUACUUUGUUGUUAUAGAGUGGCAUCAGAUAGAUAGGGUUCUACCACAGUUUGGCGGUGUCCAGCCCCGACCGCAUCCCGCCCUGGACAUCGACUUUCUGAUGUCGAAGGACGAAAGAGGCGGUGAUCAUUGGUUCCCUUCCACUUUGCAGCAUUGUAAUCUUUAUUGGGAGAGUCGUGCGGACAACGUCCUCCGGUUCGAUGUUGUUGCGGACCCUGGACCGUCGCACACAUACCUAGAUUGGUAG